AUGGCAGCCCCCAAGGGAAAUAGCCUCUUCCCUCCCAAUCCCUACUAUGUCCCUGGCUAUGGGGGCUUCAUCCCUCAGUAUAACUAUCAGUUUGGAGAAUCCUUUGGCAAAACCACUUACCGCCUGCUGACGGAUCCUGGUGUUGGGAAGAGCCCUCGCCCCUUGCUGGCGCCGCUGCACAAGCAGAAGUUCGUCGAGGACUUCAGCGGGGUGAAACACGGUGUCCAGGGUUAUCGCCCUGGGUGCCCAGGGUACUUUCCUGAUGACGAAGCUGGGGCUGCAACAAGCUUUCCUGAACCAGUCCUUGGGCCAAAACCGUCCCCGCUGGGGCCAGGGCUGGCAGAGGAAGAGCUGAUGACGAUGCACGUGGACCCCGUGCUCCAGCAUCAUCCCAGCGAGUACGUCCCGAGGACACAACUGCCUCAGGGGUACCCAUGGAGGAUUUCACGCCAUCCUGUGUCUGAGGGGCGAGAGUGGCGAUUGCCUGAGCUAACCCCAGCCUGUGGACAGGGAAAAAGCUGCGGACCCAGCCGGCUCGGCGGUGCCUUGGCAGGAAGCAAACCGCCUGUAAAAAUGGAAAGUGUGGCUGUGCCAGGAGUGGCUGAAACCACAGAUGCGGAGCAACAUAAUUGGUUACCGAAACUGGAUGUACCAAAUGCGAUCCAACAGAAAGUCAUUCCAGGGUAUGCUGGAUUCAUCCCCCGCCUCACCUGGAUCCACGGCGUGAACUACAUCCAGGGUGUGAAGGAAGCAAUGAACGAAUUUGACCGACAUCAGUUUUUGCAGAGAAACCCAGCUUGCAGCUUUGGCAAGAGCUUUCCCCAAACAUACUGGCCUAACAACAGAAUUUACACCAGUGCUGGACUGAUACCUUCGUACAUGGGCUUCGUACCAGAACUCCGACACACCUACGCGCUUACUUUUGGGAACAGCACCCGAAAAGCUUACCAGAAGGAACAAAGGAGACGAGCUUGUGCACUGUGAAAAAUGCUUUAAUGGUGCCUGUACAGCAUUUGAAGUGACUUUGAGACAGGAAGAGGAACACAACACAGACAGAGAAGUUUUGAAUGAAAGAGUUCAUACAGCUUUAAACAAAAUUUACAGGUGUUCAUCUGCAUAGCUUUUUACUCUGCCUCUUCCUCAGCCUCCUCCUCAAACUCCCCCUCCUCCUCAGCUGUAGCAUCCUGGUACUGCUGAUACUCAGACACCAGGUCGUUCAUGUUGCUCUCGGCCUCUGUGAACUCCAUCUCGUCCAUGCCCUCGCCAGUGUACCAGUGCAGGAAAGCCUUCCGGCGGAACAUGGCCGUGAACUGCUCGGAAAUGCGUUUGAACAGCUCCUGGAUGGCCGUGCUGUUACCAAUGAAGGUGGCAGACAUUUUCAGGCCACGAGGUGGAAUGUCACAGACCGCCGUUUUAACGUUAUUAGGAAUCCAUUCAACAAAAUAGCUGCUGUUUUUGUUCUGAACGUUCAGCAUUUGCUCAUCAACCUCUUUCAUUGACAUACGGCCUCUAAAAACAGCAGCUACGGUCAGAUAGCGGCCGUGACGUGGGUCACACGCAGCCAUCAUAUUCUUUGCAUCAAACAUUUGCUGCGUGAGCUCUGGCACGGUUAAAGCACGGUACUGCUGGCUCCCACGGCUCGUGAGCGGGGCAAAACCAGGCAUGAAAAAGUGCAAACGGGGGAAGGGAACCAUGUUCACCGCCAGCUUCCGCAGGUCGGCGUUAAGCUGGCCUGGGAAUCGCAGGCAGGUGGUGACACCGCUCAUGGUCGCCGACACUAAAUGGUUCAGAUCACCGUACGUUGGAGUGGUUAACUUCAGUGUUCUGAAGCAUAUGUCGUAGAGGGCUUCAUUAUCAAUACAGUAUGUUUCAUCUGUGUU